CUGCGCGUAUAUGACGUGUUUUUUAUAUUGCGUUAACCUAAUCUCUAUGUCCUUCCUGCAGUCAUUGUUGAUGCACGUAUCGUUGGAAAAGUUCUACAUAAGUGGAUAUACAGUUGUGUGCCAUGGAUGUAACAGAUGCAGUGUUUCGGGCGCCUGCAUGUGCCGCCAGUGCCGAGUCAAGCCGACCAGGAAGUGAAAUACGUCGCCUCCCGCACCUCGGACAACCCACUCAAGAGAAGGACAACCUGACUAGGAGGUUGAGAACAUUCGAAAACUGGGCUGGGAAGAUUAGAGCAGUAACACUAGCCAUUGCCGGGUUCGUGUUGAUCGGACCCGGGGACAAAGUGGAGUGUGACACCUGCAAGGUCAAACUGUACAACUGGACGGAGAAGGACGUGCCUCUUGACGCACACAGGAAACAUUCUCCAGACUGCAGCUUCCUCAAUAAGUGGUUUCCUGUGGUUACGCCUAAGAUACGGUCUGGGUAUGACCUUGCAAAGGCAAAGUAUAGCAGCUUCGCUGACCAGGUGAAGAGACUUGGCACAUUUGAAGCAUGGCCCCUUAAACUGGAUAUUCAUUCUCCUCAAAACAUGGCUGCCGCCGGGUUUUUCUACAUUGGUUCUGCAGACCGAGCUCGGUGCUUCUACUGUGGGGUGACAUUAAGGGACUGGGAUACUGAUGAUGAUCCGUUCGAUGCACAUCUCCAGUGGUCUCCUAGAUGUGAGUACAUACAACACACCCACAACAGCAAACAGGGGAACGAAAUUGACAUGCGUGAACAGGAUCCUGGACACGCUGGAGCGUCUUGUGCACCUGGUGUAGUUGUUGCAAACCUUGGAUCCAGCAGGGACAAAAACGGACCUGGAACUGAAUGUCCCACAAAGAAUCAAGGACACGCAGGUAGUCCUCCGAGUAAACCCAGGAACUCUCCACAGGUGGAGGCAGUGAUUGCCAUGGGCGUCUCGGAGGAGCUAAUUCGACAAGCUAUUGCAUCAAGGAAGCAGAAUAGAGGGGAAGACUUUCCUGACGCCACGUCAUUGUUCCUGGCGGUGGAAGACUUGAUGUGAAACUGACGGUGAUAAUGCUGUGACCAGCGGAAACUCUACCGUCAUCAACACACUGUUUUUCAGUGUGUAUUAAUAGUCAUGGAACGAUGAAACAGUAUCUAUUAACUGGGAAGCAUUGUGUUUUAGAAAGAUAUUGUCAUGUCGGAAGUAGAGGAUAUGCGACAGUUAUAGGUGAGGUGAAAUUGGGUUUAACGUCGCGUCCAAGGUUACUGCACUUAUAUAGCGACGUGCAUGCAUGCGACGUGUGUGCGGACUAGAUUUAUAGCGCUAGCUCACCGAGAUACCAUGCGG